AUGCCUCUCAUGUUACACCACACUCGGCCCGAGACUCGGCUUAAGGCCAACCACACCCCUCCAAAAACAAGCUUCAUUCGACAAUCUUCUCGCAAGCUGCUGUCAGCAACCCUAUGCAUCACGAUCCUGCUUUUCUUCACAGCCGACCGUUACCCUGAGCCAGGCUUUGAUACCCAUUCGACAUCCUUCUCCGCUCAUUCUGUACGACAAUCUGCCAGCAACACUACCCUAGCCCUGCUCGAAGUCUUUCAAAUCUACCCGCCGGCCCUGACCGUUACCCCUGAUGGAGUUCUUGAGAUCACAGACGGAUCAUCCAACGCGAGCGUCCAUGUCGUUCCCAGUCGCAGGCCGACAUGCCAAGAGACGCUGGUAAUCCACUCAUUCGGCGCCUCGUACGGCCAGCCAUACGUUGGCAAUUACACGCCUCCAUCAUGCUCAUUCAAUCGGGUGUCCUGGAACCUCACGGUCACUUCGUCCGGUAGACAAUUUGAUCGGCUGGGAUCUGUCUCCUUCGGCGACAUUGAACUCUUCCGCACCUCGACCGCCGAGCCGACUCAAAAUGGCAUUGAAUGGACAUAUAUCAAGGUAAAGACCAGCUCUUGUCGCAGUCAAGAGGAUGUGCCUGACCAUUAGCUAGGACAUGACAAGCUUUCUGCCAUUAUUUCAGCAGGAGCAGACCAUCAUUCUCGAUCUCGGAAACAUCAUCAACGACAUCUACACAGGUCCCUUCAACGUUACGCUGACAUCUUCAUUCUUCACCGCGGACGACUCAAUAACACCGGCAGACGAGAUCAUUGCCGUUUCGAGACGACAAGGAGCUGCGGGCCAGCCGAGCUACUUUAUCGUUCCAGAUCAGACUGCUUCCAACAACCUGACACUUCCGCGCAACGUGAAGAAAGCAGUCUUCACAAUUGGGGCCACUGGCCAGUCGCAAGAAGAGGUGCUUAUUUCGUUCCCCUGGAUGCCUAAUACAUCACUGACGUAGGCGACCAGUUUUGGUGGAGCAACGUCUUACAGUCCGAGAUUGAUACCUUUCCUUCUUACGGCACCCUCUACGGCUUCUCUCCAUUUCGCGAAGUUCAGCUUCUCAUCGAUGGCAUGCUAGCGGGCGUCGCAUGGCCUUUCCCCAUUGUUUUUACCGGCGGCAUUGUGCCAGGUAAGAAACCAAGCCAUUCAUUCUAACUCUAGAUCGCACCACUGACAACUUCUUGACUCCGUAGGUCUCUGGCGUCCAAUUGUGGCCAUCGACGCGUUCGACCUGAAAGAAGACGAGAUUGACAUAACGCCUUGGCUUCCGCUAUUGUGCGACGGAAACAGCCACAACUUCACGAUUCGGGUUUCUGGGCUCAACGAUACUGGCAAUGGCACCGCAACUCUGUCCGAAACGACGGAUGGCUACUGGUGGGUGUCAGGGAAGGUCUUUCUGUGGCUCGAUGCGGCAAACCAUGUGACCACUGGUCAAGGACCGUCAAAGGUGACCCCUGCGCCAAGUUUUCGCGUUGCCUCGCAGGUCUACAAGACAUCGAAUGGGUCCAAUGAGACUCUGACAUACCAGAUCGACGCGCGCCGGAGCUUGUCUUUCGAAUCUACUCUCAAGCUAUCGAACGGCACGACAACAGCACAAUGGUCUCAGGAUCUUGACUACACAAACAGAGCGAACUACACCGACAUGGGGAAUGUCCAGACCAAUAUCCAACGCACGUCUGGUCAAGCCUUAUCCUCCAGCGGCUACGCGCGACAGUUUGACUAUCCCCUAUACGCAUACAGCACAGCAGCGACUAUGGGCGACAAUCUCACUUUGACCGCAAUCGUCCAACGGGGCAAGACAGAACGAACUCUCGGUCAACCAGUCUUCCCUACCGGUCUCGAAUCCUUCUUCGACAUCGAAUCUAUCGAUUCCACCUACAAGAAUGGCUUCCAAGGUGCAUCCCUCAUCACCGCGCAGAAUGGCUCCGCAACCUACAUGGCCAACAACACCGCUCAGGCUUCCUAUAGUUUCGGGACCACGGAGCAGGAUACGACGUUUUCGGGCUUGCGCACGGCUGAUGAUCAACAACGAACUUUGCCCUACGGCGAAUUCCCGGGUAUUACGCAGAGCUCGGAAAUUUUCCAUCGGCAUGCGCUGGCUGUGAAUGGGAGCGUGGUGCAAGAUGAGGAAACCUUGCUGGGUAGGACGAGCGUGACACAUGACCUGGACAUGGCUGGACAGCAGGAGCAAGCGCCGCUGCUACUGCGUGGGUCGCUGUUGUCCGGCGUUCCGGGGCGUGGGGGUCGUAUCGUCAGUCCGGGCUCAAAGAAAGAGCGAGGAGGAAGGUUUGCCUAG